CUUACUACCAGUUCCAUGACUGGUUAUGCAGAUUGUGAUAAGCAGUGGUUGAGAUGUGUUUGUUGCACUUUUACAACAUUGACUACAUAGUUUAAUAUACAAAAGGGAACUACACAUUUCCUUGUAUCCAAGUAUCUGUCAAACGUUUCCACAGUCACUAUGAAGUUAAAGAACAUACUAUUAAGCUUUUUGGUUCAAGUUACGUUAAGCACAACGUUUAGCGAACCCAUAAACAAAAAAUUCCCAAAAAACUUCAUUUGGGGCACCGCCACAGCAUCCUAUCAAGUUGAAGGUGGAUGGCAAGACGAUGGUAAAGGCGAAAGCAAUUGGGAUCACUUCACCCACACUUAUCCAGAUCACAUAGCUAAUGGAGACAACGGAGACAUAGCUUGUGAUUCUUACCACAAAUACUUAGAAGACGUCGAGUUGCUUAAAGACUUAGGAGCCAAUUUUUAUCGUUUCUCUUUAUCUUGGUCUAGGAUUUUGCCAACAGGUAAUGCUGACGAAGUCAACCAAGCCGGUGUCGACUACUACAAAAACCUAAUCAGUGCUCUAAAAUCAAACGGGAUCGAACCUUUUGUUACUUUGUUCCAUUGGGAUCUUCCUCAGGCCCUGGAAGAUCAAGGAGGAUGGCCAAACACUGAUCUUUUGGUAGAAAAAUUCGCUGACUAUGCUCGACUAGCUUUUAGUCUUUUUGGAGACGAUGUCAAGAAUUGGAUGACGUUUAAUGAAGCUAAACAAACUUGUCAACUGGGCUAUGGGUAUGGAGUUUUUGCUCCAGGUAUUAAUUCCGAUGGAAUUGAUAGCUACAAAUGUGCGCAUACCGUACUUAAAUCGCACGCCAGAGCAUAUCACAUUUACGAUGAAGAAUUUAGACCAACGCAGAAUGGUCGAGUAUCAAUGGUGGUUGAUACGGACUGGUUUGAACCUGCCAGUGAUAGUGACCAAGAUAAGGAAGCAGCUGAAAGAAAAAUUCAGUUUAACUUUGGCUGGUACGCAAAUGCAAUUUACCACCCUGACGGCAACUAUCCACAAGUAAUGAUCGAUCGCAUUGCGGAACGAAGUCAAAGAGAAGGUUUUGAACAGUCUAGAUUGCCUGCCUUUACCCCUGAAGAAGUCGACUACAUUAAGGGAACUUAUGACUUCUUUGCACUUAAUACAUACACAACCACCAUGGUUCAAUGGAGCGAUGAUUGGGAAAUUGGUACACCUGGUUAUGACGCAGACAUUAGUGUUACAACAUGGCAAGAUUCCUCUUGGAAUAGUUCUGCGUCUGGUUGGCUGAAGGUUGUUCCCUGGGGCACAAGAAAACUCUUAAAUUGGAUCGAUCAAACUUACAAUCACCCUGAAAUUGUCAUCACAGAAAAUGGUUUUUCUGAUCACGGAGAAUUGGAAGAUGGUGGCAGAGUUAAUUAUUAUUCGGAAUACUUGAGCAAUAUUCUUCAAGCUAUUCUUGAUGAUGGUGUCAAUGUGACUGGUUAUACAGCGUGGAGUCUUAUGGACAAUUUUGAAUGGCUGAGUGGAUAUACAGAAAAAUUUGGACUACAUCAAGUUGACUUCGACAAUCCCGAUAGACCCAGAACUGCCAAGAGUUCAGCAGAAUAUUAUAAAAAAGUUAUUUCUACAAGAUGUCUAGUGGAUGUAUGCGAGGACUGAUAAUAUUUAAAACAUAGAUGUGCCAUGUCGCGUUAAAAUGUACACAGUUAAAAAAAAAACACGAAAUAAACCAUAUGAGCAUUAAAGUGAUUAAACUA